AUGGACAGCAAGCGCUGCUUCCCCAACCGCUUCGACGACUACAAGGGCAGCCUGCUGGGCGGGCAGUGCAAGGAGACGGCGAUGUCCUUGGUGACGGCCACGGUCGACCGCAUCCUCCAGGAGGUGCCUCCGCUGAGCGGCGGCGAGGCGGCGAGCGGCCCGGGCGGCUGCCAGGGCGGGCUGUACAGCGGCGUGGCCGGCGUGGCCUACAUGCUGUACCACGUCGCCCGCUGCCCGCUCUUCGCCCCGGCGCGGGACUCCUACCUGCGGGCGGCCAAGCGGCUGGUCGACGCCUGCGUGCGCCACGAGGAGGACUGGGCCGACGGCGACGCCGACACCCGCCCUGCCUUCCUGCUCGGCGGCGCCGGCGUCUAUGCCGUGGCCACGCUGGUCUACCAGGCUCUCGGCCUGCCGGACGGGGCUCGGGCGCUGGGCAAGUUCCGCGACCUUGCAAAGAAUUUCACCAUUGAGACAGAGAGAGAUGCCAUUCUGUGUCCGUGGAUGAUAAUAGCCAUAGUGGUUUUCAGUCGCACAUCAGAAGUUCAGAUUCUGAGUGAUGCUGGUCUUUUUCUUAGUAUUGAGAGAAAAAAGGAAAUCCAGCAAGACAGACAAAAAGCACUGGACUUUGAACUCUGGAGGCAAAAUUCCAGGAAAAGAAUUUUGUUGAACCGUGUACAGGAGAUUCUGGAAAAUGUGCAGGUGUUGACUCCAGCACAGAUCAAAUCAAUUUGUCAGGCAAUUUUAGAAUCUGGCAAACAGUAUGCACUGCGGAAGAGGAAACCAGUUCCACUCAUGUACUCUUACUAUGGAACAGAGUAUCUUGGGGCUGCUCAUGGACUUUCAUCCAUCCUACAGAUGCUGCUCUCUUAUUAUGAAUAUCUCCAACCUGCUGAUCAAGAACUAGUGUGGCAGAGUGUUGAUUUCCUUAUGGAUCAAGAACAGAAUUCCAACUGGGCUCCAGAACUAGGAGAGACAAUUGAACGAGAAAAUGAGCUUGUUCACUGGUGUCAUGGAGCUCCAGGAAUUGCAUACAUGUUUGCAAAGGCGUACUUAGUGUCCAAGAAGCCCCAAUAUCUAGACAGUUGUAUCCGGUGCGGAGAAUUGACAUGGCAGAAGGGAUUACUGAAGAAAGGGCCUGGAAUAUGUCACGGGGUGGCUGGCAGUGCUUAUGUGUUCCUGCUCCUGUACAGGCUAACCGGAAACUCUAAAUACAUCUACAGAGCACAGAGAGAUACGGUUGUGUUCCACAUGGGCAUGGGAUUUUGUGGUUUCUCCAUUGCUGGUACAGCUGCAGAUAAAGCACAGCAGCGACAAGGCUUCCGCAUUGCAAGUUUCCUCACAGUUUCUUUGCCCAGUCCCCCAGGAGUGCUUUUUACCCUGGGUUUGUGGACUUUCCUACGGGAGUGGAGGCACACUUUUGCUUCCGAUGAGCAUCGCGUGGACUAUGUGGGGUCUCAGCUGUGGGAUCGCACAGCAGAUUGGUUUGUGGGGCCGUUUAACGUCAGAGGCCCCAAGCUCCGAGUUGUGGAUGUUUUUAUGCAAGCCCUGCACCGGCAGUAUAAAGACCCGCUGGAGCUGAAGAGGGCAAGCACCUGCCUCCGUGGAUUGCGGCAAGGGGCCAACUUGGUCUGA